UGCUGAGAAACGAAUUAAACUUUUGUUCUCAAGUGUUUCUGUUCGAAACAAGCGGAUGUGACCAUAAGAUAUAAUACAAUAGUGUCCGGAACAGAUUUCUCCGAAGUAAACUAGUAAUCAUGAGGGCUUCGUAAUAAACCAUUGCAUUACUAAGAAUGCAUUUCUAAAUUGCAUUUCUGUUGGUUGUUUUUUUUGGUGUUCAAAGGGUUUUAAUAUGGACCUACAGUUUGGUGAAUAAAAAUGUUUUAGCUGUGUUUACAGGAUAAAGGAUAUUAGAUUGACAUGGACGAUCUCAGCGCUCUGGACGUUCUGGAUGAAAGGACUAUUCUCGCAAGCCUCAAAUACAGAUAUCAAAGGGACAAAAUAUACACUUUCUUGGGCGAUGUCCUUGUGGCUAUCAACCCGAACAAGACCUUACCAAUCUACUCACAGCAGGACCAUGAACGCUACCAAUCUGAGCUCUGUGAAGAAUCCCCUGCACCACAUGUUUACUGGACAGCUGAGCAAAGCUACCGGAGACUCACUCGAUCCCGCCAAAACCAGUGUGUCCUGGUCAGUGGGGAGUCAGGCACCGGCAAAACAGAGUCGACCAAGUUUUUUAUUGACCACAUCUCCUUUCUGUGCAACACCACAAGCCACAAGCUGAACGAGAAGAUCACAAGGUUGAAUCCACUGUUGGAGUCUUUCGGCAACGCGGUGACCCCCAUGAACUCCAACUCCAGCCGUUUCGGCAAGUUGAUUGAGCUCAUGGUGGACGAAGGGGGAGAGUUAACUGGAGCAAAAAUCCAAGAUUAUCUUUUGGAGAAAUCACGAGUUGUGAGUCAGGGCCCUGGAGAGCGAAACUUCCACAUCUUUUACCUGUUGUUUGCGGGGCUGAGCAGAGACCAGAAACAGACCUUCAACAUUGGACCUGUGACAGAUUUUCGAAUAUUGAGCCAUGGAAGGGCUCCAGCCUUUUCCAGAGGCAGCGCGAGUACACUGAAGGAAAAGUUCAAUGAUCUCAUGGAAUUGAUGUCGUCACUGGGGUUUAUUGAAGACGACGUCACCACAGUCCUGGUCAUCCUGUGCGCCAUUUUACAUCUGACCAACAUCACAUUUGAGCUGGCAGUGGAUGACUCAGAUGGAGUGCGUGUUGUGCCUGGACAGUCUCUUGACUCGGGUCAAUGGCCGUGCUGUGCUGAAGUCCGAACGAUAUUGUUCUUUUCUGUAAGCCGUCUAAGAUUGCCUUUCUUUGAACCAAUAGGAGAAACUGUAAAGACGAGCAAAAAGAGACACGAGGCAGAAGAUGGAAGGGAUGCCCUUGCAAAAGCUCUCUAUUCAAGACUUUUUGGAUGGAUUGUUGGUCAGAUUAAUGUGCAUUUACAGCCGGAUUCAUCCUCUGGGGCUCAUGUAAACACUCUGUCCAUUCUGGAUUUCUCGGGAUUCGAGAAGUUGACCAAGAAUCAGUUCGACCAACUGUGCAUCAACACUGCAAACGAGAGACUGCACCAGUACUUGUGCCAUCAUAUCUUCAACUUGGAGAGACAAGACCUAACGGCUGAAGGGGUGGAUGUGGAGCAGGUCAACUUUGACGACAACCAGUCGCUGAUAGACUUGUUUUUUCAGAAACCGCAAGGCCUGUUCUACCUUCUGGAUGAGGAGUCUAGUUUCCCACAAGCAACAGACAACUCCCUGGUGCGAAAACUGAACACUGUCUGUUCUAGCAGCACCCACUUCCAGGCAGCUCGUUCAGACCCUCUGGCCUUUACUAUUUUGCAUUAUGCUGGACAGGUUUUAUACGACGCGCACGGUAUGCUGGAACGAAACAGAGACAGUCUGGGUUCGAACAUUGUUGAGCUGAUGCUGGACAGUAACGAUGCUAUGGUUCGGCUGCUUUUCACAGCACCAGAGAAUGCCACAGGGUCCUACUCGAGGUCUUUCAGCACCGGCAAAAUGAGAGCACAAAUUUUCUCUUCGUCUGAUGAUCCAGCUGAACUAUCUGAUGGUAAACGAAUCAGUGGCGACAACUCAAGUUUACCAACCUCUUACCAUUAUGUUUUUGCUUUUUUCUCAUUUAAGAAAUCUCUAAGUGAGCUGAUUCAGAAACUGGAGAUCAGCCAGCCUUGGUUCAUCAGAUGUGUACGGCCAAACGACAGUUCGACUGCAAACCAAUUCAAAGACACCAUUGUCUUGUCACAGCUUCGCUACAACGGAUUGAUGGAAAUUGCCAAAAUACGGAGAGACGGCUAUCCAGUGAGGAUAAAGUUCAAGGACUUUGUCGACGAGUUUCGGGACAUCGGCUUCGAGACUUCAGUGCGCCUCUAUGGAUCUCCCGCUGAGGCAAGAGUGAUCGUCAACGCCUGCCAGCUGAAAGGAUCCGCUGUAGGUCGGACAAAGAUUUUCCUGAAAAACGGCCAGAGGGACAUUCUGGAACACAAAUUGGACGCUCUUAGACGCGAAAGAGAGAGAAAAUUAAAAGAAGAAGAAGCCCGAAAAAGAAGACAGGAGAUGGAAGCGGAGUCUGGAGGACUAGAGCCACCAGCUGACUAUGAAACAAAGGAAGACACAAGUGUAAGAGCGGUCCCAGAACAGCCUCUGAGAACUCCUACAACGAAAAAGACAGUUGGAUUUUCUCAUGGCGAGACUCUUUCGGACGAUUCGUCAUCGCACCAGAAGGUGAGACACUGGAUUGAAAUGAACGAAGACUUGGAGGAUGUUUUAGAAGAAGCAGAGCCUUCUCCUCGACUACAUCUUAGCCAGGACAAUGAUGUUACCGUCCCGUCUGUUAAGGCUGGUCCUGAAACAGAGUCCUUGUCUGAUCGAGAGACUGGAUUGCAGGACAGACCGCCAUGGGAUCGGUUUCAAGUCGUUCCCCGAGAUGGUUACCAGGAUCACCCGAGCGCUCAACGUGGCGUGAAAAUCUUCAAGGUCGUCUGCUACUUUUUGAUUUUCUCUCUCGUUCUGGGAGGCGCAGUGGUCAACAAAGUAGCUAUGCUGACUCUGACUUCCAGCGUGGUGAAGGUGAGUAAGCACACGUCAGACAGUGGUUCAAGCCCUCAGGCAAUGCUGGUCCUCAUCGCCAUCUGCUUUCCUUACCUAAGUAACGCUGUGGCUUACAGUAGCCGCUCGCUCUUUGGCAACACAGGCUGGCCGGGCUGGAGGAUGACCUUUGCGAUGCUCGGCGUAGAGCUAUGUCACACGACAGGGCUGUGUCUCAUGGCCUUCAGAGUCCUACCCCAGGUGGACUUACUAAGAGCCCUGAUUGUGAUGGCGACAACCUUCCUGGUCCCGUCCACUCUGAGAAUGAUCUGCUCCUUCCAAGGACACGCCGCCAGCAGAUGGGUCAAGUUGGUAAAGUUUGUCAUUGCCAUCCUGUGCACUGGUAUCCAGGUGACCAGUGUAGUGGUGAUGACGUACACCAGUUUCACCCUGACGGAGCAGCAGAAGAAUGACCUGAUGGACCGCUCCCAAAGCCUCACGGGAGUCUCAGACAUACACCUAGAGCAGGCACCGAGGUCUUCAGGCUCUUUUCUUUGGGAGAUUCCAGCCUCUCUCAUCCUCGUCUCUGUUGGCUACUGGGAGAACUACCUGGACAAAGACAUUAAAAUAUAUAGGUGGACGCUUGCCUUUAGCUCCUGGAAAAAAGACAUUCACCUCGUUCGACAACGGUUGUAUAUUUUCCUGAGCUUCUGGAAGAUCGCCUGGUCUAUCUUGCUCACCGUUGUUUUUGUCGAGGGAUUUGACUUCACCAUCACCUUCCCGACGAUGCCAGACGACACCCCAGAAGAUGAGAAGAGCAUGUCACCGACAGAGCUACAUUUAGCUCAAUACGGGGCCCUUUAUUGCUGUCUCCUCUGUUCCGUUCUCUGCACGUACUUCUCUGGUUUGGCAUGCAAACUUAACAUGCAGCGGAUCUCCUUCUCCCUCCCUAUGACGCUCGUGACACCGGUGAGUGCUGGAGUCGUCUUGCUCCGAUGUAAGCUUGGCCUGCUUCAGGUGUCCGGGGCCUGCUACCUGUGGGUGUGUCCAGAAGACUGGGCACAGGAUCAGUUCUAUCAUGUGUUGCUGCUGGUGGGGGUGUGGCUGUCGCAGUGUCUGAUCGCAGGACAUAUAUGGCAGGCCAACUCGGAGAGGAUGGCGAAAAUCGACAAGUUAUUCGUGACACCAAUGCGCUGCUCUAUCCUGACAGAACAGACACUGAUGCUACGACGUCGCACACCUCAGAACGAGAAAAGUUUGCAAAAGGGUUUGGACGAGAUGAACUAUGUGUCUCGCAGCUUGGACACCCCAGUACCCCAGAUCUACGCCUGCGCAACCAUGUGGCACGAGACACGUACUGAAAUGACCAAUCUUCUCAAGUCAAUUUUCAGAAUGGACAUUGAUCACAGUGCAAGAGCAAUUGCUCAGAAAUACUACAAAAUCCGGGAUCCUGACUACUAUGAGUUUGAGGCUCACAUUUUCUUCGACGAUGCCUUUGACUUGUCGGACGAUGCCAAAAUUGUUCCCAAUUCGUUUGUUUUAAGACUUAUCGAGUGUUUGAACGAAGCAAUCAGGUGAUGUACCUCUACUAUCUGCUGGGCUACAACAUUUUGGCGGCAGACGAGAACCUGGCAGACCUGGAACUGGACAAGACGAGCUCCCAGAAUGACGCCAACGGAGACAAGAUACGCUUGACGUCAGCACAGCUGAGGCGACGUCGGCGGAGCGCAUUUUUCUCUCGAAGCGUUUUGUUCAAUUACGUCACAGAAGAUGUUCAAAGCAAGGCUGAAAACACCUACAUCUUGACCUUGGAUGGUGACGUAGACUUCCGGCCUGAAGCAGUGCGUUUAUUGGUGGACAGGAUGAAGAAAAACAAAAAGGUCGGGGCAGCUUGCGGAAGGAUUCAUCCCAUUGGAUCAGGCCCCAUCGUGUGGUACCAGCAGUUCGAGUACGCCAUUGGCCACUGGCUUCAGAAGGCCACAGAGCAUGUGUUUGGCUGCGUCCUGUGUGCCCCUGGCUGCUUCAGCCUGUUCCGCGGCUCUGCUCUAAUGGACGACAACGUGGCCCGUAUGUACGCCACCAAGUCUACGGAGGCCGGCCAUUACGUGCAGUUUGACCAGGGUGAGGACCGUUGGCUCAGCACCCUCCUCCUGCAGCAGGGUUAUCGCAUUGACUACAGCGCGGCGGCAGAUGCCUUCACACAAGCUCCGGAGACUUUUAAUGAGUUCUUUAACCAGCGACGCCGAUGGGGACCUUCGACUUUGGCGAACAUUCUGGACCUUUUGGGGGACUGGAGGAAUACCGUGCACAUCAACGACAACAUCAGCAGUCUGUAUGUGUUCUACCAGACCAUGAUGUUUGUGUCGACCUUGCUAGGGCCAGCGACUGUGCUGCUCAUGAUGGCAGGAGCCUACCAGGUAGUGUUCAAGAUCACGGUAUUUGAGUCAUAUUGCCUGUCCAUCGCCCCGGCAGCCGCCUACGUGUUGUUGUGCAUGUUCGCCAAGUCCGACACACAGCUCUCCGUGGGGGCCGUCAUGAGUGCUGUCUACGCAAUUGUCAUGACAGUGGUGCUGGUGGGGACCAUAGGAACGGCAAUCAGUGGCUCUAUCACCAGCCCCAAUGUCAUAUUCAUGGUGAUGCUCAGUGUGAUCUUCAUCACUUCAGGCUUUAUGCACCCUCGUGAGCUCGGCUGCCUUGUCCCAGGGGCUCUCUACUUCAUCUGUAUCCCGGCCGGAUAUCUGGUGCUCACCAUCUACUUUCUGACCAACCUGCACGUUGUCUCAUGGGGAACACGAGAGGUGCCUAAAAAGAAGACCAAGGAAGACUUAGAGAAGGAGAAGAAGGAGCAGGAGAAGAAAGAGCAGAGGAAAAUGGAGAGGAAAAGUGGUGUUCUCGGGUGGCUCGGUGUCAAAUACGUGUUCUCGGAAAUAGGAGAACUGAUCAAGCAGUUCAGAGCCUUGAUCUUUGAGACUGUCCGCUCCAAAGACAAAGACAGAACCGAGACGAAGUCCACAUCUAAAAAACGCAGUAACUCCACCUCUUACACAAACGAGUUGCUCCAGCAACUGGUUGAGGAGUUGAAAGAAGGCCGACGGAUGCAGUCGACCAAGCUUGACGAUGCCGAGAAAGGAUUCCUUGACGUCCCCAGCAAACAUUUGUUCCGUAAAGUGAGUGACGGUAUGAUCAGUUCACAUGUCGGUGCUACUGGGAACGUCGACGACCAUCAGGCCAGCUCUCUUCACAACGAUAUUCGCACACAGUCAGUCUUUCCUCCUCAGAACUCUGUGGCCCCGGCAUCAGUGAUGACGUCACCGAGUUUCACUAUCAGAGAGGACCCAGCUAGACCCGCCUGGAUCUUGCACCCGGCUCUGAGCGGAGGUUCAAUCAAACUGCUACCCGAGAGAGAGCGAAACUUUUGGUCUCAGCUCAUGGCCAAAUAUCUCUACCCGAUCAAUGAGGACGUACAAAGCAAAGAAAGAAUUCAUAAGGAUCUGCUAGCCUUGCGGAAUAAUGUUGUGUUUGCCUUUUUCAUGACGUCUGCCGUCUGGAUUGCGCUGUUUAUGCAGUUGGAAAUCUUGCAAGCAGAACUGAAGAAUCACCUUUUCGUUCACAUCCCGAGAAUCGACGGGGACGGCACUGUCAGUUUCCAGCCUCUUGGUCUAAUAUUCCUCUGCUGUUUCUCCAUCAUUUUGCUCCUGCAGUUCGUAGGCAUGUUCUCUCACAGAUGGGGCACGAUGCUUCACACUCUGUCGAUCACAGACAUCGGGGUCGGACGAGGCUUGAAAGAACAGGACAAAGUAAAAGACAUUAUUCUCAAGGUGAGUCAGCUGCAAAAAUUACGUAACAUUGAGAUGGAGCCAGAACCAGACUACGAAGAGCCUUUGCCGGACUACGUGGACGAUGGACAGAGCAACAACGUUCUCCCUGGGAGCUACGAGAACCCAGAGACACUUGAAGGCAACCAUGCGGGUCCAACGAUGAACUCAGUACCACAUAUAGACGAUCGUGUGACGCCAAGACACAACGUUGGGCUUCCUAUUCCCGACAACGCCAAUACAGGCACGAACGACAGACCCCCGUCUUUCCCGCCCUCCUACCACACUAACGAGGUCUGGCAUAAUCACAAUGAUCACAGAGGUGGUAGGGGCCGAGGGCGGGACGUUUUCGACAGGAUGGGGAACCCUCAAGCUUUUGCGUUAGAAAACGCAUUUGAACGAAGAUUCCGGAACGUUCUGCAACAGCAGAGACUAGGGGAACAGCCCGGGUACAACUCACUACGCCGUCGACACGACAGCCAUCACGACCAAGAGCAGCAUCAUCUUGACCUGCCAAUGCGACGUCUUCAGCCACCAACACAACCACAACGACAGCAGCAGAGAGGUGAGGGGCAUCACGGAGUAGCACGGUACGCACCGCAUCCUAAUCCAGCCCCGAGGUUCUCGGGAAAUCUUGGCUUUUCUUACCUGGGCUCGAAUCCUGAUCCUAUGCCAAGAAGUUUCAACUACGAGAUCGUCUAACUUUGUUGCUUAUACAGAAGCAGAGGUGCCCUUUCCAAUCCACACAGAGCACAUAAAGAGACGUUUUUGUUUGUAACAUUCAUUUUGUAGUUUAACCCUUACAAGUCGUGAGCCUGCUCCCUAUUUUGUGGAGGCAAGUUUAGUUAAAAAUAUGUAAAAGGGUAGAUCAUUUAUUUUUCCAUCAUAAAAGUUAAGUUUUAAACAAGAAAUGUGUAUUUAUAACCAAAAUUUGGAAAGGAAUGAAGAUUUUAUACUAUGAAGAUACAGUUAUAGUACCAGCAAACAGACAUUUACUUUGAAUGAGGAAAACAAGAAAAUGCAACAAAAAGCGUCUAGUAAGUGGACGUAACGACUUCUUAGAGUUAAAUUACAGUUGUCAUAAUAUCUGAUUAUAUUAGGCUCGCCCUAACUUCCAGUGCGCACAUAUUUUAUAUAAUGUUCAUUGCUUUGACUUGUACUACUGAUUAUACCAUUCUGUUGUUUAUUAGUAUUUCUCAUUGUAAUGCAAUAUCUCAAAUCGCCUCGUAGAUUACAGGUUAAAAAUAUUCGGUCUCAAAACGUGUUGUAACCAACCAUUUUGAGCUGCAACAAUAUAUCUAUAUUUUGUCUUUAACAGUAUGGGCACGAUGAUUCAAAUGAUCAGAUCUUUUUAAUUUUUUCACUCUUUGGAUAUAAAAUGGAUUUCACGACACUAGUCCACUAUUUGCACAAACUAUUUUUUACACUUACACCUACCAUUUUGUCAUAAUAAUGCAUUUUAAUCUCCUACGGUACUUUACUUGGCCUGUGCUCAAAAGUUAUGUCCUGCAUUUUUUUGUAUCUACGGUUUCCAGUUUGACAGAUGUGUCUCGUUCUAUAUUUUCUUAUUUAACUUAUAUAAAAGAUAAUAUUAUUUUAUCAUAGUUACCUUUUUUGUCACGUAUAAUUGAUCUAUUAAAGCUUUUCAAAACU